ACCAAGCUGUCAAAAAAUCGAAACUUUUCCGUUUUAGCUAGAUGGAAAGAUCUGUAUAUUUUUUGUAAUCUUAUUUCAAUUUCAUGCUUACUUAACUUGAAAUUAAACGUAUGUAGUGUACACCAUAUAUACGUAUCUAGCUAAUUUUAGAAUUAUUUCUGCGUUAGUUCAGAAUUUGUAGGUGAAGAUGGAGAAAUUCGAAAGGUACAUUUUCACUGCUCUCUGCAGCACCAACUUUUUGGUUUCAUGUCUCCUGUUCUCCAAAAUAACUCGGGAGCAAAGGGAGCCCUACAUGGACGAAAUAUUUCACGUCCGUCAAGCUCAGAAAUACUGCUACGGGAAGUUUAACGAGUGGGACCCAAUGAUCACCACGCUUCCUGGCCUGUACCUGGCGUCAGUGGGUGUGAUCAAGCCAGUGGUGUGGCUAGUGGACCUUACAGGGAAGGUAGUGUGUUCUACGGCGAUGCUGCGCUUCAUCAACCUCCUCUUCAACUGUGGUAUCCUCUACCUGCUGUAUCUCAUCAUCUGCAAGAUCCACCUUAAAGAGAAGACGAAGACUGCCUCCCGCAGAGUUCUCUCAGCCCUGUCCCUGUCCACCUUCCCCGUGCUCUACUUCUUCAACUUCCUCUACUACACAGAUGCCGGAUCUACUUUCUUCAUUCUCUUCACGUACCUCAUGACCCUGUACGGCUGUCACAAAGCCUCGGCACUCAUCAGCGUCUUCGCCAUAUUCUUCCGCCAGACCAACAUCAUCUGGGUGGCGUUCUGCGCCAGCACGGUUGUGGCCAACAAGAUGGACGAAACUUGGAGGACAGAACAGUCGAAGAAAAAGGACGAUAAGUUGCCCUAUCAGAUACCUUUCUCCGUAUGUGGGGUGAAGAGAGUGAUGCGUUUCCUGUUGGAAUUCCUGACCACAGCCAAUCAUGUGAAGGCUGUGAUGUUAGUGGCGUGGCCGUACAUUCUUGUUGCUGUGGGUUUUAUUGCAUUCAUUGUGUUGAAUGAUGGGAUCGUAGUCGGAGACAGAUCCAGUCACGAGGCCUGUCUCAACUUCCCUCAGCUCUUCUACUUCUUCUCCUUUGCCCUCUUCUUCUCCAGCCCCACAUCGCUGUGCUACCACCGAGCUCUCCGCUUCAUCCAGAACCUCAAGAAGCAGCCACUGCUCUACUUACUGAUCACGGGAUUCUGCCUUCUCCUAGUGUGGAAGUUCACCUUCGUACACAAGUACCUCCUGGCUGACAACAGACACUUCCCCUUCUACGUGUGGAAGAGGAUCUUCCAGAAGCAUGAGGUGGUGCGUUUUGCCCUCAUCCCGGCAUACGUGUUUGCAGCGUGGAACUUCAUGGACACUCUGAAGUCCCGGUCGUUGUUCUGGAGCCUGGCGUUCCUGGUGUGUCUGCUGGCGGCCACAGUGCCUCAGAAGCUGCUAGAGUUCAGGUACUUUAUUGUUCCGUACCUGCUCUACCGCCUCCACAUGCCCCUGCCCUCCCUCACCAGACUGGUGCUGGAGUUCCUGUUCUAUACAGCCGUCAACGCAGCCACGCUGUACAUCUUCAUCAACAAGACUUUUCAAUGGCCAAAUAGUCCGGCUGUACAGAGGUUUAUGUGGUAGCCUGAACUGAACAGGAGGAAUCCAGUUAUUUGCAAAAAACUAUUGGUUAUACUUUUUCUAUUUAAAAUGAGUAAGGCCAGGAGUUUUUCCUGUUGUGAUGAGAUCAUGCUCAGGAAACAUCCCUGGCCCUAAAUGUGAGAAAAUGUAUUUCAUGUGAAGAAAGCUUUGAAGAGCACAAGUUGUUUUAUUAUGUACAUUUGAAUUGUGAAUUGUACAUUGAAUGAUGUAAUUUGGAUGGAGGAAGAGACUGAGAAAUGUGAAAGCCAUAUUGUAAAGCAAGAAUCUGUGUUUUAUACUGUAUGGUUUAAAGAAAUGUUAUUUGUUUUGAAGAACAUUCAUGACUUAUCUUAAUUUAACUCUGUGGUAGAGUUACGUGUUAUUUGUCUUUAUUUCUAGAUUUAAUUCAAACAGAUGGUUAAAGGUUGAUAGAGACUAAAUGAUGUGGCUCUCUUUGUAAACAUACAACAUCCUUGACUGUAUUCAAAGAAAUUAGACUGUUAUUCCCUAUUCUAUAUCGGGAAUAGAAUCAAUAAACCAUGUAAACAAACAUCUGUGUUUACAUUCUGCUGCAAUAUUCUGAAGAGUAAAGUUGUGAUAUACAAUGGGUUAUAAUCAUCUAUCUUUCUCUGUGCUGUAUUUUAGAUUAUCUAAAUCCUGCCUUCAAAUGCAUUCCCUUGAAUAAUGUUCCUGAACUUCUUUGUUUUUCUUGUGUGUUUUGUUGCCCUAAAAUACCAGAACCAUUCUCUGUUCUUUAGGCCUAAGAUAUCAUCCAGUAGCUUAAAUAGUCUUUAACGUACAGUAAAAGUUUGGACACACCUACUCAUUCAAGUUUUAUUUUUGAAGAAUAAUAGUGAAAACAUCAACUAUGAAAUAACACAUGGAAUCAUGUAGAAACCAAAAGUGUUAAAUCAAAAUAUAUUUUAUAUUUGAGAUUCUUCAAAGUAGCCACCCUGCCUUGACAGCUUUGCACACUCUUGGCAUUCUCUCAACCAGCUUCAACUGGAAUGCUUUUCCAACAGUCUUGCUUUUCCUUCAUUCUGCAGUCCAACUCAUCCCAAACCAUCUCAAUUGGGUUGAGGUUGGGUUAUUGUAGAGGCCAAGUCAUCUGAUGCAGCACUCCAUCACUCUCCUUCUUGUUCAAGUAAAUCACUGACAGUAUCACCAGUAAUGCACCAUCACACCACCUCCUCCAUGCUUCACGGUGGGAACCACACAUGCGGAGCUCAUCCGUUCACCUGCUCUGUGUCUCACAAUGACACUGUUGUUGCAACCAAAAAUCUCAAAUUUGGACUCAUAAGAUCAAAGGACAGAUAUCCACCGGUCUAAUGUCCAUUUGUCAUGUUUCUUGACCCAAGCAAGUCUCUUCUUCUUAUUGGUGUCCUUUACUAGUGGUUUCUUUAUAGCAUGAAGGCCUGAUUCAUGCAGUCUCCUCCGAACAGUUGAUGUUGAGAUGUGUCAGUAACUUGAACUCUGUGAAGAAUUUAUUUGGGCUGCAAUUUCUGAGGCUGGUAACUCUAAUGAACUUAUCCUCAGCAUCAGAGUAACUCUGGGUCUUCCUUUACAGUGGCACUACUAAUGAAUCAAUAUUGAAUAAAGAUGAUUGUUUGAAGAAAUGACAAAGUCUCUCACCUGAUUAGAAUAUUCCACCACAAGAGCCAGUUUCAUCAUAGCGCUGGAUGAUUUUUGCAACUGCAGAUAAAGAAACGUUUAAAGUUCUUGACAUUUUCCGGAUUGACUGACCUUCAUGUCUUAAAGUCAUGAUGGACUGUCAUUUCUCUUUGCUUAUUUAAACUGUUUUUGCCAUUAUAUGGACUUGUCACAACACAACUGAAGGAAAGAAAUUCCACAAAUGAACUUUUAACAAGGCACACCUGUUAAUUGAAAUGCAUUUCAUGAACCUCAUGAAGUUUGUUGAGAAAAUGCCAAGAGAGUACAAGGUGGCUACUUUGAAGAAUCUCAAAUAUAAAACAUAUUUUGAUUUCUUUAACACUUUUUUGGGGUUACGACAUGAUUGUGUUAUUUAAUAGUUUUGAUCUUCUCACUAUAUUCUACAAUGUAGAAAAUAGUACAAAUAAAGAAAAACUCUGGAAUGAGUAGGUGUGUCAACUUUUGACUGGUAUUGUAUGUAGAUUCUUCAAAUGUAGUGUGUACAUUAGCUUCAGAAAUGUUUCUUUGGUCAACAUUCGGUUACUUUUACCUGUAUUUCCUACCUGCAUCUUUAUCUGUCUGCUACUGAUCUUUCUUGUCCCUGUAUGGCUGUCCCUGGGCUGAAAUGAUCAAA